UUAUUCAAUCUGAGGAAAACAAUACUGUGGAUGUUGAUCAGGGGAAGUGGUACAGAGCUUUAUAUUUUGUAGCUAAGACCUAGCUACGCGAAAAAGAGACAUUUCAAGGAGCCAGGGAGUUAAAAAAAACGCGUCCGCUUCUCUGAUUCACAUAAACAUGUCCGUUUCGCUUUAAAUAGGGUGGUCAUAACAUAGACAGCUUGCUGGCUAGCUGCCUAGCAAGCAAAAACUCUUCAGCAACUCGUGCUGGGGGUAGCUAGCAGGCUAGCUCCGAGUCAGAGGUGGAUUUGCAAGAAAGGGCAUCAUUGAAUCAGAGCAAUUCCAGCCGUUUGAUUUGGACGCGAAUCUGAAGUCAUCAUGAAGUUUGCACAGAUUUUGUUGAAGAAUAGCGUCAAGUCAAAUAUACCAAAACAAGUGGAUAGAUUUUCGAAGUAUUCGCCUUCACCGCUGUCAAUGAAGCAGUUCAUUGAUUUUGGAUCGGCCAAUGCAUGCGAGAAGACCUCUUUUGUAUUUUUGCGUCAGGAGCUUCCCGUCAGGUUGGCGAAUAUCAUGAAGGAGAUAGACUUCCUUCCUGACAAACUCCUCGGUACCCCAUCUCUUCAGCUUCUGCAGAGCUGGUAUGCGCAGAGUCUCAUGGAAAUAGUGGAUUUCCUGGAGAAGGAUCCGGAAGAUAGAAAGGUCCUGACAAAAUUCACGGAAACACUCAUUAACGUCAGGAACAGGCACAACAAUGUGGUUCACACAAUGGCCCAGGGCGUCGUGGAGUACAAGGAGGCCUUCGGAGUCGACCCAGUGACCAAUCAGAACGUCCAGUACUUCCUGGAUCGGUUCUACAUGAGCCGCAUCUCCACCCGAAUGCUUAUGAACCAACACACUCUUAUAUUUGAUGGAAGCACCAACCCUGCCCACCCUAAGCACAUUGGAAGCAUUGAUCCCAAUUGUGGUGUGGUAGAGGUGGUAAAAGAUGCCUAUGAGACCGCUAAGAUGCUCUGCGAUCAGUACUACCUGACCUCUCCUGAAGUGGAAAUCAAGCAAGUGAAUUCCAAAGGCCCUGAACUGCCAUUACACAUUGUGUAUGUGCCCUCCCACCUGUACCAUAUGCUGUUUGAGCUGUUUAAGAAUGCCAUGAGGGCAACCGUCGAGACGCACGAGUCCAGCCUGACCCUUCCGCCAAUCAAGGUGCGAGUUUCACUGGGAAGCGAAGACCUGACAAUAAAGAUGUCUGACCGGGGCGGCGGCGUUCCCCUGAGGAAAAUCGAACGCCUCUUCAGUUAUAUGUACUCCACCGCCCCCAGCCCCGUCACGGACAACGCCCGCAAUGCGCCCCUGGCCGGCUUCGGUUACGGCCUUCCGAUCUCCCGUCUGUACGCCAAGUAUUUCCAGGGAGAUCUCCAGCUGUACUCCAUGGAGGGGUAUGGAACCUCAGCGGUGAUUUACCUGAAGGCCUUGUCCUCUGAGUCAGUGGAGCGGCUGCCUGUGUUCAACAAGUCGGCCUUAAGACAUUACCAGACGAGCAGCGAGGCGGACGACUGGUGCAUCCCCAGCAGCGAGCCCAAGAAGCUGGGGAAGUAUGAGUACAGCGUGUGAGACUUUGGGGGGUGGGGGGUCCGGGAGAUGGGGUGAAGGGAGGCAAAGGACCCAUGGAUGCUGCCUGUGUUCGCCAUGCUCA